GCCGCUCGCCCUCCAACCCCACAGCCCAGACCAUGCACCUGGUGGGGAAGAUGGAGUCCAGUCCGGAUGAGGACAGCUGGUUGGAGGAUCAGUGGGAGCACUGGCUCACCCACGACAUCAGCCUAGAGGAAUUUGAGGAUGAAGACCUCUCGGAGAUCACAGAUGAGUGUGGGAUCAGCUUGCACUGCAAGGACAACCUGUCCACUCGGCCCCACCGCACCGUGCUGUGCGGGGUCGGCGGCGGCGGUGGCGGGGCUGGCAGCCGGCUGCAGGCGGAGAUGCUCCAGAUGGACCUGAUUGACGCGGCCGGGGACACCGCCGAGGACGACGACGACGACGACGACGACGAGAAGGGGCGGGAGGGCCGGCGGCAAGGGGCGGGCACGGCCCCCGAGCCCGGCAAGGAGACGGCCCCUCUCGGCAUGGACACCUACCGGCCCAAGCGGCCCACCACCCUCAACCUCUUCCCGCAGGUGCCCCGCACGCAGGACACACUGAACAACAACUCCCUGGGCAAGAAGCACAGCUGGCAGGAGCGGGUAUCCCGCUCGUCCUCCCCUCUGAAGACGGGCGAGCAGACCCCUCCCCACGACCACGUCUGCCUCAGCGAUGAGCUGCCCCUCCAGAACGGCCCUGCCCCGACCAAGGACCGCGGCACGUCCACAGACAGCCCCUGCCGCCGCAGCGCGGCCACCCAGAUGGCGGCCCCGGCCGGCAGCCCCCCGCCCGCCCCGCGCGGCCCCGAGAAGGCCCAGGCCCCCGGCGGCCGACAGCCCCCGCACCGUGACCGCAUCCACUACCAGACCGACGUGCGGCUGGAGGCCACCGAGGAGAUCUACCUGACGCCCGUGCAGCGGCCUCCCGACCCGCCCGAGCCCCCCGAGCCGGCCCCGGCCUUCCUGCCGCCGGGGGCCGAGUGCCGCAUGUCGGUCAGCUCGGACCCCGACCCCGCCGCCUACCCGCCGGCCCCGGCCCGGCCCCACCCCUCCAUCAGCGAGGAGGACGAGGCCCCCGACCGCCCGUCGUCGUCGUCGUCGCCGUCCCCGGAGAGGGGCGGGCGGCGGGGGGCCCGGGGUCGGCCCCCGCGGGCCUCGCUCAGCUCGGACACCAGCGCCCUGUCCUACGACUCGGUCAAGUACACGCUGGUGGUGGACGAGCACGCCCAGCUGGAGCUGGUCAGCCUGCGGCAGUGCUACUCGGGCUACAGCGACGAGAGCGACUCCGCCACCGUCUACGACAACUGCGGCUCGUCGCCCUACGAGUCGGCCAUCGGCGAAGAGUACGAGGAGGCCGCCCGGCCCCGGCCCUCCGUCUGCCUGUCCGAGGACUCCACCCCCGACGAGCCCGACGUCCACUUCUCCAAGAAGUUCCUCAACGUCUUCAUGAGCGGCCGCUCCCGUUCCUCCAGCGCCGAGUCCUUCGGGCUGUUCUCCUGCACCAUCAACGGGGAGGAGCAGGAGCAGACCCACCGGGCCGUGUUCAGGUUCGUGCCCAGGCACGAGGACGAACUGGAGCUGGAGGUGGACGAUCCUCUGCUGGUGGAGGUCCAGGCGGAGGAUUACUGGUACGAGGCCUACAACAUGCGCACCGGCGCCCGCGGCGCCUUUCCCGCCUACUAUGCCAUCGAGGUCACCAAGGAGCCCGAGCACGUCACAGCCCUGCCCGAGGACAGCGACUGGGUGGACCAGUUCCGGGUGAAGUUCCUGGGCUCCGUCCAGGUGCCGUAUCACAAGGGCAACGACGUGCUCUGUGCCGCUAUGCAAAAGAUCGCCACCACCCGCCGGCUCACCGUGCACUUUAACCCGCCCUCCAGCUGUGUCCUGGAGAUCAACGUGCGAGGGGUCAAGAUUGUCGUCAAAGCCGAGGACUCACAGGACCACCAGGGGAAUAAAUGUAGCCACUUUUUCCAGUUAAAGAACAUCUCUUUCUGCGGAUACCAUCCAAAGAACAACAAAUACUUUGGAUUCAUUACCAAACACCCGGCCGACCAUCGGUUCGCCUGUCACGUCUUCGUGUCGGAAGAGUCCACCAAAGUGCUGGCAGAGUCUGUAGGGAGAGCUUUCCAGCAGUUCUACAAGCAGUUCGUGGAGUACACCUGCCCCACAGAAGACAUCUACCUGGAGUAGCAGCACUGCCCCCCUCCCUCAACGUAUCCCACCCCCUCUGGCCCCGGGGCGGGGGCAGCCCGCUUAGACCUGGAGCCGGAGUUAGGGGCCGGCUGGUCCCUGGGCAGGAUGCUCCUGC